AUGGGAGGAGUUUUCUCGAAAGGAUACCUACCUCAGUUACCAUCAGGCACAUUAAUUAAGCUUGGUAUAAUUGGUUUAGAAAAUUCUGGAAAAACAACAUUAUUAAAUAAAUUUAUAGAUGCAUCGGCGAAAAAACAAAUAAGAUCAGUGCUGGUGUCUACAGGUCUUUCAAUUGAAUCAAUGUUAUUUAAAGGAUGGGAGAUUUUCAUAGGUGAUUUGCUUUAUCCAAAUUAUAUUACCAAAUAUAAGCCAUACUUAUUGGGGUGUGAUGUUAUAAUAUUUAUGGUUGAUUCAUCGGAUCCUCAUCAAAUAUCAGAGGCAAAAAGUCAAAUCGAUUUAUUAAUAGCAGAAGAUUGUAUUAGUAGCAGUGUAUUCUUGGUGAUGGCAAAUAAACAAGAUCAAAAGAGAUCCGUAACACCUCAACAAUUAGAAAACUAUUUAGAAUUGUACAGAUUAACGAUACCUUGGAAAUGUAUUUCCUCUAGUAUUUUAAAUAGUAAUAUAGUUGGUGUGGAGGAUUCAAUUAAAUGGAUUUUAGAUAAUACCGAAGUAAGAAAAAUUUAUACAUAA